AUGAGAAAAGGUUCCUGGAAGUUAACCACUCAAAGGUUUCCAUCGCACUUCCAAGAUAUUUAUGAUUUUGAUUAUCUCUGUGUGGAUGGCCAUGCUGGUUAUCUUCAUUGGCAUGGUGGUUAUAAUUACGGGAAUUUGGUUUCAAAAACGAUAGUGACAUUUGAUUUGGGUGAAGAGAAAUUCGGUGAGAUAAGUCUUCCGGAUUCUGUCAUAGGUUACAAUAUCAAUGAAUUCUCGAUUACCAUAGGCGUUUUGGCUGGAAAACUUUGUGUGAUAUCAAAUGCCCACCGAGAUGAUGAGUGUGUGGUGUGGGUGAUGGAAGAGUAUGGGGUGGCUGAGUCAUGGGUGAAACGACGUAAUCAUGCUUUGUAUGAUCCGGGUGCAGCCAACACUAAAAUCUUCAAGUUUGAUAAAGAUUGUGAUGUUAAAGUUGUUGAUUAUGUUGACAGUCUUGUUUGGGUAACACCUGCCGAGCAGCGAGGGAGGAGCUGCUGUAGCAUCUCUCAGUUUCAGUUUUGA